GAGGUUCCGGGUUCGAGUCCCGGCAGAGAUGAGCUCCAGCCAGGUGGCCCUUUUAUUUUACUGCCCAUUCCCGAAGAAUUCCCAAAAGAUUCCGUGGAGAGACACUCCCGGUGAAAAAACACGGGAUUUUUGGGUCACGGCUGCUGCUCGGGAGGGUUUUGUGCUUCCCCUUUUCCGGCGUCUCCUCCGUCAGAUCCCACUUUUCCUGGCUCCUUUUGGGAUCUUUCCCAGAGAAACCAGAGGGAGGGAAGGGGUUCAGGACCUUCUUCCAGGAGGAUCCAGAUGGAAGGAAUUGGUUCAGGAUGUUUUUCCAGGAGAAUCCAGAGGGAGGGAAGAGGUCCAGGACCUUUUUCCAGGAGGAUCGAGAUGGAGGGAAGGGGUUCAGGAUCUUCUUCCAGGAGUUUUCCAGGAGGAUCCAGACAGAAGGAAGGGGUUCAGGACCUUCUUCCAGGAGGAUCCAGAGGGAGGGAAUUGAUCCAGGACCUUCUUCCAGGAGAAUCCAGAGGGAGGGAAGGGGUUCAGGAUCUUCUUCCAGGAGUUUUCCAGGAGAAACCAGGUGGAAGGAAUUGGUUCAGGACCCUUUUCCAGGAGGAUCCAAAGGGAGGGAAGGGGUUCGGGACCUUCUUCCAGGAGUUUUCCAGGAGGAUCCAGGGGGAGGGAAGGGGUCCAGGACCUUUUUCCAGGAGGAUCCAGAGGGAGGGAAGGGGUCCAGGAUCUUUUUCCAGGAGGAUCCAGAGGGAGGGAAGGGGUCCAGGAUCUUUUUCCAGGCAUUUUCCAGGAGGAUCCAGGAGGAGGGAAGGGGUUCAGGAUCUUUUUCCAGGAAUUUUCCAGGAGGAUCCAGAGGGAGGGAAGGGGGUCCAGGACCUUCUUCCAGGAGUUUUCCGGGAUGGUCCCAACAGGGAUAAUCUGAGGGGGAAAUGGGACCCCCGGAGCAGCUCCGGGAGGGACAGACUGGGAAAUUCCUGGAAAAUCUGGGAGGAUCACAGGGUCUGGAACAUCCACAGGGUCUGGAGCAUCCAUGGGCUUUGGAACAGGCUGUGGAACAUCCACAGGGUCUGGAAUAAGGUCUGGAACAUCCAUGGGCUCUGGAGCAUCCACAGGCUCUGGAACAGGAUCUGGAAUAGGGUCUGGAACAUCCACAGGGUCUGGAAACAUCCACAGGGUCUGGAAAAUCCACAGGGUCUGGAACAGGCUCUGGAACAUCCACAGGCUCUGGAAUGGGGUCUGGAGCAUCCACAGGGUCUGGAAUAUCCACAGGCUUUGGAAUAGGGUCUGGAACAUCCACAGGCUCUGGAAUGGGGUCUGGAACAUCCACAGGCUCUGGAAUAGGGUCUGGAACAUCCACAGGGUCUGGAAUGGGGUCUGGAGCAUCCACAGGGUCUGGAAUAUCCACAGGUCUGGAACAGACUCUGGAACAUCCAUAGCCUCUGGAAGAUCCACAAGGUCUGGAACAUCCAUAGGGUCUGGAGCAUCCACAGGCU